AUGGCUGAUUCACUGCCUCCCAAAGAGGCCAACCUCUUCAAGCUUAUUGUUAAAUCAUACGAGACCAAGCAGUAUAAAAAAGGCAUCAAGGCAGCUGAUGCUAUUUUGAAAAAAUUCCCAGAUCAUGGAGAAACUUUAUCAAUGAAGGGUUUAACAUUAAACGGCAUGGAUCGUAAAUCUGAAGCAUAUGAACUUGUUCGUCAAGGAUUGAAGAAUGACCUUAAAAGUCAUGUUUGCUGGCAUGUUUUUGGUCUCCUUUAUCGGUCAGACCGAGAAUACAGGGAGGCAAUCAAGUGCUACCGAAAUGCCCUGAGAAUAGAUCCUGACAAUAUUGAAAUUCUGCGUGAUUUAUCACUCUUACAGGCUCAAAUGAGAGAUUUAUCUGGCUUUGUUGAGACUAGACAACAACUUUUGACUCUUAAGCCAAAUCAUCGCAUGAACUGGAUUGCCUUUUCUGUUGCCCAUCAUUUAAACUCUAAUGCGUCCAAGGCUGUGGAAAUUUUGGAAGCAUAUGAAGGGACUUUAGAAAAUGAUUAUCCUCCAGAUAAUGAACGGGGCGAGCAUGGGGAAAUGAUUUUGUAUAAGGUCUCUUUGUUAGAGGAAUGCGGAUUUCUUGAUAAAGCUCUUGAAGAGUUACGCCAAAACGAAUCAAAAAUUGUUGAUAAACUUGCUUUUAAAGAACAAGAGGUUUCACUUGUAGUGAAGCUUGGUCAUUUAGAAGAAGCAGAAUCGUUGUACAGGAUAUUACUUUCCAUGAAUCCUGAUGAUUAUAGUUACUAUGAGGGUCUUCAAAAGUGUGUUGGUUUGUAUUUAGAAGAUGGGAAGUACUCUGCUGAUCAAAUAGAUCAGUUAGUUUCAUUGUAUGAAACACUUGGGCAACAAUAUACGUGGUCUUCUGCAGUAAAGAGAAUACCCUUGGAUUUCUUACAAGGUGACAAAUUUCGAGAAGCAGCAGAAAAUUAUAUUAGGCCUCUCUUAACUAAGGGAGUUCCAUCUCUGUAUUCUGAUCUUUCUUCUUUGUACACUCAUCCUGGGAAGGCAGACAUUUUGGAACAACUUAUGCUUGAGUUAGAGCAUUCAAUUAGGACAUCAAGCCAAUAUCCUGGGAGUAUGGAGAAAGAACCCCCUUCAACUCUUUUGUGGACUUUGUUUUUCUUGGCUCAGCAUUAUGACAGGCGCGGUCAAUAUGCGAUUUCUCUUUCUAAAAUCGACGAGGCUAUAGAACACACACCUACUGUCAUUGAUCUAUAUUCUGUCAAGAGUCGGAUACUGAAGCAUGCUGGUGAUUUGAAUGCUGCUGCUGCAUUUGCAGAUGAAGCAAGGUAUAUGGAUCUUGCUGACCGUUAUGUUAAUAGUGAAUGUGUUAAGAGGAUGCUGCAGGCUGAUCAGGUGGAUUUGGCAGAAAAAGUUGCUGUGUUGUUCACAAAAGAUGGGGAUCAGCAUAACAACCUUCAUGAUAUGCAAUGCAUGUGGUAUGAGCUUGCCUCAGGUGAAAGCUUUUUCCGCCAGAGCAAACUUGGGUGGGCUCUCAAAAAGUUUUUAGCAGUGGAGAAGCAUUAUGCCGAUAUUACUGAGGACCAAUUUGAUUUUCAUACAUACUGCUUAAGGAAAAUGACAUUGCGUACUUAUGUUAAAAUGCUUAAAUUUCAAGAUCAAUUGCACUCACAUGCAUAUUUUCAUAAAGCAGCAGCUGGAGCUAUCAAAUCUUAUAUUAAGUUGCAUGAUUUUCCUCCCAAGUCUACAACAGAGGAAGAUGAGCAUAUGUCAAACUUGCUUCCUUCUCAAAAAAAGAAAUUGCGGCAAAAGCAAAGAAAGGCAGAAGCAAGAGCUAAGAAAGAGACAGAAGAAAAGAAUGAAGAAUCAAAUUCUAGCACGGUAUCAAAGUCUGGGAAGCGGAAUGUAAAACCUCUUGAUCCUGAUCCACAUGGGGAGAAGUUAUUGCAGGUUGAAGAUCCACUGUCCGAAGCUGUUAAAUACUUGAAGUUGCUGCAGAAGAAUUCACCUGAUUCAUUGGAAACACAUUUGCUCUCUUUUGAAUUAUAUACAAGAAAACAGAAGAUUUUGCUUGCCUUUCAGGCUGUAAAGCAGUUACUGAGAUUGGAUGCUGAUCACCCUGACUCUCAUCGUUGCUUGAUUAAAUUUUUCCAUCAAUUCGGAUCCAUGGGUUCUCCUCUGACUGAAAGCGAAAAACUGAUAUGGAGUGUCUUAGAAGCUGAGCGCCCAACUAUUAGUCAGCUGCAUGAGAAAUCUCUUUUUGAUGCAAACAAUGCUUUCCUUGACAAUCAUAAAGAUUCUUUGAUGCAUAUAGCAGCUUUUGCAGAAUCCUUGUAUAUUUUGGAUUCUAACAGAAAGUCUGAGGCUGUCAAGUUGAUUGAGGCAAAUAAUAUUAUACCCAGAAAUGAAGCAAUCGGACCAAUUGGAAAGUCGAAACUUAAAGACUGUAUUGCAGUUCACAAGUUUCUUGGAACAGUACUUGUUGACCAAGAUGCGGCAUUGAGGUGGAAAGUGCGGUGUGCAGAAUAUUUCCCUUAUUCAACUUACUUUGAGGGAAAACACAGCUCUGCCUCUCCCAACUCGGCCUUUAAUCAGUUACGCAAGAACUCUGAAAAUGUUAGUCCUAACAAUGCAGUUGAUAAUCAAAAUGUGGGCUCUGCCACAUCGAAUGGCAAACCAUUUGAAAAUCUCACUAUCUGA